UUUUUUUUUUUUUUUUGACUACAUACACCAUCAAGACUUUAAUGCCGGAUUUUCCAAGAACAAGUUUCGUAGGUGCCGAUAAAUAUCGCUUGGCUUGAGGCCGUAAUCCAGAAGACGUCAAGACAAACAAGCCAUCCUCCCACUGUCCUCUCGCCCACUUUUCGUGGUUGUUUCACCUCCAACUCUUCUCACUCUGCCAUCCCGUUCUCCCCACUUGUCUUCGUAUUUCAUGUGUGAUUGUCUGAGAUGUCUGGAGACGCCAAGAAGCUUGUGUUGAAAUUGGAUUUGCACGAUGACAGGGCCAAAAAGAAGGCUAUGAAAACAGUCUCCAGCUUCGAAGGGAUUAAUUCCCUCACCAUGGACAUGAAAGAGAAGAAGUUGACGGUGACUGGAACUGUGGACCCAGUUGCUGUCGUGCGCAAGCUAAGAAAAUCCUGGUAUGCCGAAAUUUCUUCGGUCGGGCCAGCCAAAGAAGAGAACAAGAAAGAGGAGCCCAAAAAGGAGGAGCCCAAGAAGGGUGAGAACAAGCCAACCAAUCCAUGGCCAGGAAAUCCUAAUGCGAUUGUGUAUUACUACGUUCCGGCUGCUGAGGAGAAUCCAAUGGCUUGUGCGAUCCUUUAGCAGUUGCUUCAUCAAUCGGACAAGGAAUAGAAGAUAUUGAUCCAUGCCUGGUCUAAAGAUGGGCUCAAAGAUUAAAGGGGUGGAUAUGUAAAUAGGAUGAUGGGAACUAAGAUGGUUAUUUAUGAUGAAUUAAGUAUAUGAAUAAUGAUGAGUGAAUGUAUGAUGUAAUAAGGAUUGUUGGUAGCCAUUAUUUAGGAGUUUUUUCUUUUUCUAUUUCAUGUCUUUCCAGUUGAAUAUCUGUUUUAAGGGCUAUGUACAAAAGAAAGAGGCUUUGGAAUUGGAUUAACAAGUAAUGUUUUUAUUUUUCA